AUGAUGACAAAACAUUCGGAAAUGGCGAUACUCCUAGCAACAGCACAGAUAAGGGUGAAGGCAGCAAAUGGAGAGUAUGUGACAUUGCAAGCCCUAAUCGAUCAAGGAUCCCAAAAAACUACUAUUUCCGAAGAAGCAUCUCAAAUACUUCAUUUACCAAGAAAAAGAGAAGUAACUGAACUACAAGGUUUAGGAAAUACCACAGUGGGAGUGCCCAAAUUUAAAAUCAAUAUUAAAAUCAAGCCGAGAUUUCUAAGCAACGAGGCGUACAAUGUCGAAGCACUAAUUUUGCCGAAAUUAGCGAGUGCUCAACCAGACAAAACGUUUAAAUGGGAUAUAGAACAAUUGAAAAACUACACUUUAGCUGAUCCCAAUUUCAAUAAAUCAGAUCGAAUCGAUAUUGUCAUUGGAAGUGACAUAUAUGCCGACAUACUAGAAGAAGGUAUAUUUAAAAAGGAUCGAAUACUAGGUCAAGCUACGAAAUUGGGCUGGAUAUUGUCGGGAGUUUUACAACAACCGAGAAAAAACAAUACAAUUUUAGCAGCGGUUACUACAACAUUGGAGAAGUUUUGGGAAAUAGAAGACACUACAACUCCAGCAGAUACAGUAGAUGAUGAUGAAUGCCUAAGAAUUUUUGAAAAAACAACAGUAAGAAAUGGAAAUAAUCGAUUUGUCGUAAAUCUACCUUUUAAACAAAAAAAGAAUUAG